CUUCGAAAACGCCUGGAGAAAGAAAAAAUGUCACCAACAAUGGCAAUUACACCGGCGGAACGAGACAUUCCAAUUCUGGUCGAGGAGGUAACGUUUCUUUCGAAGUUCUAA